UCGCUUUUUUUGGUUCAGGUUGUCAUGGUGGCGCCGAGCCCGCCUUGCCGGCCUUGUCUUUUCCGGUCUCAGUCCGGCGUGGCAGCAGAGGCAGGCAGCGUUAGGUCUUUCAGUCCCUCUCUGUCAUGGCGACGCCCUGCCUCUUCUUCCGGCCACAGCCUGUCAUGGCGGCACCCGAAGUAGUCCCUGCCGGGACCAGCCUUUUCUGUUGCCCUGGUCCUUCCUAGUCCAGGCUGCCAUGGCGGCGCUCAGGGCUUACCGGAAGUAAAACUUCGGAAGUGAGGCGUUCCUCUGCCCGGAAGUGAGCGCGGCGCUAGGAAAGAUGGCGGCAGCGGCGGCGGUGGGCAACGCGGUGCCCUGCGGGGCCCGGCCUUGCGGGGCCCGGCCUGACGGGCAGCCCAAGCCCGGGCCGCAGCCGCGCGCGCUCCUUGCCGCCGGGCCGGCGCUCAUAGCUAACGGUGACGAGCUGGUCGCUGCCGUGUGGCCGUACCGGCGGUUGGCGCUGCUGCGGCGCCUCACGGUGCUGCCAUUCGCGGGGCUGCUCUACCCGGCCUGGUUGGGUGCCGCAGCCGCUGGCUGCUGGGGCUGGGGCAGCAGUUGGGUGCAGAUCCCCGAAGCCGCGCUGCUCGUGCUUGCCACCAUCUGCCUCGCGCACGCGCUCACUGUCCUCUCGGGGCAUUGGUCUGUGCACGCGCAUUGCGCGCUCACCUGCACCCCGGAGUACGACCCCAGCAAAGCGACCUUUGUGAAGGUGGUGCCAACCCCCAACAAUGGCUCCACGGAGCUCGUGGCCCUGCACCGCAAUGAGGGCGAAGACGGGCUCGAGGUGCUGUCCUUCGAAUUCCAGAAGAUCAAGUAUUCCUACGAUGCCCUGGAGAAGAAGCAGUUUCUCCCCGUGGCCUUUCCUGUGGGAAACGCCUUCUCAUACUAUCAGAGCAACAGAGGCUUCCAGGAAGACUCAGAGAUCCGAGCAGCUGAGAAGAAAUUUGGGAGCAACAAGGCCGAGAUGGUGGUGCCUGACUUCUCGGAGCUUUUCAAGGAGAGAGCCACAGCCCCCUUCUUUGUAUUUCAGGUGUUCUGUGUGGGGCUCUGGUGCCUGGAUGAGUACUGGUACUACAGCGUCUUCACGCUAUCCAUGCUGGUGGCAUUCGAGGCCUCGCUGGUGCAGCAGCAGAUGCGGAACAUGUCGGAGAUCCGGAAGAUGGGCAACAAGCCCCACAUGAUCCAGGUUUACCGAAGCCGCAAGUGGAGGCCCAUUGCCAGUGACGAGAUCGUACCAGGGGACAUCGUCUCAAUCGGCCGCUCCCCACAGGAGAACCUGGUGCCGUGUGACAUGCUUCUGCUGCGAGGCCGCUGCAUCGUAGAUGAGGCCAUGCUCACGGGGGAGUCCGUGCCACAGAUGAAGGAGCCCAUCGAAGACCUCAGCCCAGACCGGGUGCUGGACCUCCAGGCCGACUCCCGGCUACACGUCAUCUUCGGGGGCACCAAGGUGGUGCAGCACAUCCCCCCACAGAAAGCCACCACGGGCCUGAAGCCGGUUGACAGCGGAUGCGUGGCCUACGUCCUGCGGACCGGAUUCAACACAUCCCAGGGCAAGCUGCUGCGCACUAUCCUCUUCGGGGUCAAGAGGGUGACUGCGAACAACCUGGAGACCUUCAUCUUCAUCCUUUUCCUCCUGGUGUUUGCCAUCGCUGCAGCCGCCUAUGUAUGGAUUGAAGGUACCAAGGACCCCAGCCGGAACCGCUACAAGCUGUUUCUGGAGUGCACCCUGAUCCUCACCUCGGUCGUGCCUCCUGAGCUGCCCAUCGAGCUGUCCCUGGCCGUCAACACCUCCCUCAUCGCCCUGGCCAAGCUCUACAUGUACUGCACAGAGCCCUUCCGGAUCCCGUUUGCUGGCAAGGUCGAGGUGUGCUGCUUUGACAAGACGGGGACCUUGACCAGUGACAGCCUGGUGGUGCGCGGUGUGGCCGGGCUGAGAGACGGGAAGGAGGUGACCCCAGUGUCCAGCAUCCCUGUAGAAACACACCGGGCCCUGGCCUCAUGCCACUCGCUCAUGCAGCUGGACGACGGCACCCUCGUGGGUGAUCCUCUAGAGAAGGCCAUGCUGACGGCCGUGGACUGGACGCUGACCAAAGAUGAGAAAGUAUUCCCCCGAAGUAUUAAAACUCAGGGGCUGAAAAUUCACCAGCGCUUUCAUUUUGCCAGUGCCCUGAAGCGAAUGUCCGUGCUUGCCUCGUAUGAGAAGCUGGGCUCCACUGACCUCUGCUACAUCGCGGCCGUGAAGGGGGCCCCCGAAACUCUGCACUCCAUGUUCUCCCAGUGCCCACCCGACUACCACCACAUCCACACCGAGAUCUCCCGGGAAGGAGCCCGCGUCCUGGCGCUGGGGUACAAGGAGCUGGGACACCUCACUCACCAGCAGGCCCGGGAGGUCAAGCGGGAGGCCCUGGAGUGCAGCCUCAAGUUCGUCGGCUUCAUUGUGGUCUCCUGCCCGCUCAAGGCUGACUCCAAGGCCGUUAUCCGGGAGAUCCAGAAUGCGUCCCACCGGGUGGUCAUGAUCACAGGAGACAACCCGCUCACUGCAUGCCACGUGGCCCAGGAGCUGCACUUCAUUGAAAAGGCCCACACGCUGAUCCUGCAGCCUCCUUCCGAGAAAGGUUGGGGGGCCUUGCAUGAGGUGGGGACAUGGCUUAGCUGGGGUCAGACUGCCCAGGUUCUAAUCUGGCUGUGUCCUGUGCUCUCAGGCCGGCAGUGUGAGUGGCGCUCCAUUGACGGCAGCAUCGUGCUGCCCCUGGCCCGGGGCUCCCCAAAGGCACUGGCCCUGGAGUAUGCACUGUGCCUCACAGGCGACGGCUUGGCCCACCUGCAGGCCACCGACCCCCAGCAGCUGCUCCACCUCAUCCCCCACGUGCAGGUGUUCGCCCGCGUGGCCCCCAAGCAGAAGGAGUUUGUCAUCACCAGCCUGAAGGAGCUGGGCUACGUGACCCUCAUGUGUGGGGAUGGCACCAACGACGUGGGCGCCCUGAAGCACGCUGAUGUGGGUGUGGCGCUCUUGGCCAAUGCCCCUGAGCGGGUUGUCGAGCGGCGACGGCGGCCCCGGGACAGCCCAACCCUGAGCAACAGUGGCAUCAGAGCCACCUCCAGGACAGCCAAGCAGCGGUCGGGGCUCCCUCCCUCCGAGGAGCAGCCAACCUCCCAGAGGGACCGCCUGAGCCAGGUGCUGCGAGACCUCGAGGACGAGAACACACCCAUUGUGAAACUGGGGGAUGCCAGCAUCGCAGCACCCUUCACCUCCAAGCUCUCGUCCAUCCAGUGCAUCUGCCACGUGAUCAAGCAGGGCCGCUGCACACUGGUGACCACGCUACAGAUGUUCAAGAUCCUGGCGCUCAAUGCCCUCAUCCUGGCCUACAGCCAGAGCGUCCUCUACCUGGAGGGGGUCAAGUUCAGUGACUUCCAGGCCACCCUACAGGGGCUGCUGCUGGCCGGCUGCUUCCUCUUCAUCUCCCGUUCCAAGCCCCUCAAGACCCUCUCCCGAGAACGGCCCCUGCCCAACAUCUUCAACCUGUACACCAUCCUCACCGUCAUGCUCCAGUUCUUUGUGCACUUCCUGAGCCUCGUCUACCUGUACCGUGAGGCCCAGGCCCGGAGCCCUGAGAAGCAGGAGCAGUUCGUGGACUUGUACAAGGAGUUUGAGCCAAGCCUGGUCAAUAGCACCGUCUACAUCAUGGCCAUGGCCAUGCAGAUGGCCACCUUCGCCAUCAACUACAAAGGCCCGCCCUUCAUGGAGAGCCUGCCCGAGAACAAGCCCCUGGUGUGGAGUCUGGCAGUUUCACUCCUGGCCAUCAUUGGCCUGCUCCUCGGCUCCUCGCCCGACUUCAACAGCCAGUUUGGCCUCGUGGACAUCCCUGUGGAGUUCAAGCUGGUCAUCGCCCAGGUCUUGCUCCUGGACUUCUGCCUGGCGCUCCUGGCCGACCGCGUCCUGCAGUUCUUCCUGGGGACCCCGAAGCUGAAAGUGCCUUCCUGAGAUGGCAGUGCUGGUACCCACUGCCCACCCUGGCUGCCGCUGGGCGGGAACCCCACCAGGGCCCCGGGAGGGAACCCUGCCCCCAACCCCCCACAGCAAGGCUGUACAGUCUCGCCCUUGGAAGACUGAGCUGGGACCCCCACAGCCAUUCGCUGGCUUGGCCAGCAGAACCAGCCCCAAGCCAGCACCUUUGGUAAAUAAAGCAGCAUCUGAGAUUUUAAAAA